UUGACGUUUCCGUCUCUUCCGUUCUCUGUUGACUCGAAGAAUAGAAAUUAAUGUCCUAACUGAAGUGUGGUUAUUAUAUGUUACUGGCUUUUUAUUGGACUAGAUGGGCGCAUAUUACUGCGCCAUAUGUAGGCAAACUGCGUUCAACGGGAAAGGACACAUUUUCGGGAAACAUCAUCAGAGCAGGUUAAGGCUGGUUCUGAUGAAAUUCAUAGAGAAGGUGAAGGAUGCACGGCGAACACUUAAAAAACCGGAAGUCGAAAGGUUUGAUUACACCCAACACAAGAAAACCUUCUGGUGUUACUGCUGUGGCCUGGAAGUUGAACGGAAUGUUACCGAUGGAAAAAUGACCGUGUUACAUGGAGGCUUAUUGGAGCACAUGGCCACAUCAGAACACAGAAAGAGUACCCACAAGUUCUGGUGGGACAACAAAGCUGAUCCCAAGUUGAAAGACAAAGUCAUCAUCACACAGGAAGAGACUGAACUGUUCAAAGCUGAGGUGGAAAAAGUAUUGGCAUCAUAUGUGGAGAAGGAGGAUGAAUUCAUUCAACAGCAAGCUGAUUUGAUCCGGGUCCAGGAGAAACAGCGUGAAGAAUUUCUUAAGUCUCUUCCAGAGCAUGAAGCAGAACCAGCGUCGGUUAACGGACGUCACGGAACAGAAUUGGCAGCUCAAGCCAGCGUCAGAUUUCAAUGGACGUCACGGGGAGCUAACCAGCGGACGGACAGCGGCGUUGACUCGAUGGUUGACGCGCAGCAACAGGGCCUGACUUUCAUUGGAUAUCAGGAUUCAUCAAACAGCGGAAAUGUACACACAGGUGCUGUCCCUCCUUGGCUGCAAGAAGACGAUCCUCUAGAGGGGACGUCCGCAAGUGCAGCACCACCAGAAAUUGGCCCGUCAGCACAGGAGUUCCUCAGACAGAAGGAGCAAGAGAAGAUGAGGAAGCUCCCACCGAACAGAGUGGGGGCCAACUUUGACCACAGCUCACACACAGACGCUAACUGGUUGCCUUCCUUCGGCCGCGUGUGGAACAGCGGCAGACGCUGGCAGUCAAGGCAUCAGUUUAGACAGGAGGAAGGCCAGAAAAACAACAUGAAGAGGAAGAUGAAGCAUGAUGCUGAAGGGUCUAAAAAGAGAAGCACUACAGCAGAUGACCAUGUACUGGACUAUUAAAUAAUAGCUCUAUAGGUUGUAACCCAUUUCUGGGGAGUGAUGCUGUCCAACUACUCUGAUUUUUUUGAUUUUUUUUUUUUGCUAUGUGUACAAGAAUACUUGCAAUAAAUUGUUUUGAUGACUGUACUUUCUACUCCUUUGUAUAAAUAGACUUGCCAUUUUCAACCACUGGAUGAUGACUAGGGGUGGCUAUCUCAAGA